AUUAAUGGUGAUAGGGUCACUCAAGCCAGGACGUUGACGCCAGCCACCGAGCUCAAUCAAUCCUAUCCUAGAGUCACCUUGCUGUCAGGAUCAAGGUUUGACUGCUCACAAUCCAGCUUAAAUCCGCCUUCUCUGAUACAUGAGCCUGAAGCUUAUCAUCGUCUAAUGGAACAGAAAUUAGUACAUGAGCAAUUGCUUCAACUGCAGCAGCAUGGUUCUUCAUCCUUCGUAUCCGACGAUGGCAGAUUGUAUGACCACCCAUCCACAGGCAAAGGGCUCAUACUACCAGAACUGCUGGCUCCGUCACGUGCUGGCUCAGCAUCAGCUGUUGUCUAUCCGGCUUAUCCGACUCUCUCCCCGUUGCUGCGAAUAGGCAUUGUGCAAGAUAUCUUUUGUUCUCCCAUAGAUCCAUUAAUGCAUUCCGUAAUGGGCCGUGAUGGAGUUUUGGGCGGCCUACCUUGUGAGAAGGAUGACGAAGCUAAUGAGGAAAAUCAAACACCGAGGGAACGUCGGAUAGCUCGGAUUGUGAUGGUUGUCGCCUUUUUUCUUUUCAUGAUGUGCUUCCUGUUGGUGGCCGUCAACCUCAUGAUGUCCGACCACAUUGAUCAAGCAGGUGUGUACCCUUUAUAG